AUUCCAAAUUUAGUAAAAUUAUUAUAGAUCACCAUGAAUCAUCUUAAUAAGAAAAAAGAGAAGCAACAAAAGCUUCAUGAUAACUUAAUUAACAUCCUCUAUCCUCCACCAUCUCCCCACACCCAAUUUGAUGAUCAAACACUCGAUUUUGCGCGGGAAAUCGUCGAUUCUGGUCAUCAUCAUCAAAUUAAUACAACAGAUGAAUUUGAGGAAGAAAAUAAUAAAAGGGGCGAAUUAGAGUCAAGUGAGAAUGAAGAAGAAGAGGGGUUUCGAAAGCUUACAAGAGCUCAAAGAAAAAGACUUAGAAAAAAGAAACUUAAAGAAACUGGAGGUUUAAAACGUAGACCGAUAAUCGGUCCGGUGUUGCCUGGUGAUGAUAAGUUAGAUAAUGAUCAACACCCUGAAGGUGUUCGACGAAAUGCCUCAGAGAAACCCGAAAGCAGAAAUGAUAGAGAGAAGCCGACGUCUUGCAUAAAGGUGAAGCAAAGAAGGAUGUCUAAGAAGAUGGCGACGGAUAAACCAACGACAUCCCAUGAAGCUACUAGUUACGGUGACCAACGUUAAGCCUUCGCCCUUUUUCAGGAAAGCGUAAUAGUUAUUAGUAGAAUGAACGACUAUGAGUGAAAUGCUAAAAAUGCCUAAUAUGGCGGGUUUUGAUUGCCAUUUCUUUCAAUCAACUUCAUUAGCGAAACAAUUUUAUGUGAUAUAUGAUGAACUUAUCGUUCGAGUUAGGAUCUAAGACAUCAGCUUUGUUGAGUUGAUGGUACUAAGUUUGCUAGUUCCACACAUUUUGAUAUCGGGCAUGGAUCUUUUAAGGCUUUGAGGACGACUGAGAUACUUGAUAUUAUUGAAAUGUACAUUUACUAGUAUAUAGCAAUACUUCAUGAUAGGCAGAAUAACGCGAUACAACAUUUUUGAAGUAUUA